AUGACAAUUUCCAUUAUUCUAAUAUUACAGUUUAUCAAAAUAAUAUCAUCAGCUAGUAAUCCUCGUUUGUUAAUUAUUUCACUCGAUGGUUUUCGUCAUCAAUAUUUAAAACAAUAUCCGUUCGAAGCAUUGAAUCGUGUAGAAAAUGAAGGUAUUAAAAGCAAGAAUGGAAUGCAGCCAACAUUUGUGACCAUGACCUAUCCAAAUCAUAUAUCGAUUGCAACAGGAAUGUAUCAAGAAGAUCAUGGUAUCAUUCAUAAUCGUUUUUUUGAUACGAAUCUACAAAAAAUCGUGACAUUUGAUACACGAGAUGAGGGCCAAUGGUCUGACACUAAAGUCGAACCUUUAUGGAUCACAGCAACGAAACAAGGUAAAAAAUCUGCUGUUCUUUUUUGGCCAGCAGCUCAUAAUGAAUUUCACGGCGCUCGUCCAUUAAUAUAUACUUGGCUAUAUACCGAUAAUAUUUCCAUGCGUGAAAAAAUUGAUAAUACUGUUUCUUAUUUUCGUGAAAAUGUUGUUGAACUUGUUAUGCUGUAUCAUUUUGAACCUGAUAAACAAGGUCAUGUGUAUGGUCCAGACUCGGAUGAAAUUCAUGAAACACUUAUCCGUCUUGAUGGAGAUAUUAAUUAUUUACUUGAAAAAGUCAAAAGAGAACUCGAUGACGAUUUAAACAUUAUCAUUCUAUCGGAUCAUGGAAUGGCUAAUACUGUACGAACAGUUCAACCAUUUCGUGACGGCUACGUGAACAGAUCAUCGGUUGAAGACAACAUCCUUGAUGGUACACUAUUUAGUGUUACUCCUCGGUCUGGACAAUUUGAACAAGUACUCAAUGGUUUACGUCUUAUUCCAGGUGUUAAAGCUUACAAACGCGAAGAAUUUCCAGAAAGAUUUCAUUAUGCAAAAGCAGUCAAUCGACUCGGAGAAAUAAUUGUUGUGCCUGAUAGCGAAGGUGUCGUUUUUUCACAAGCAACAGGAAAUGUAUCGGUCGCAAAAGGUAAUCAUGGUUACGAUAAUAUACUCCCAUCGAUGCAAGCAAUAUUUAUGGCAAAGGGUCCAGAUUUUAAUCGUCAUAUAGAAAUAGAUUCAUUGAAAAAUGUUGAUAUCUAUCAUAUAGCUUGUAAAAUUUUAAAUCUCAAACCAAAUCCGUAUGCAAAAGCUGGGUCAAUCGAUAAUUUAACUAGUAUUUUUCACUUGCGAGCAAAUCAUUGCUCGCAAAAAUUUCUCAACAUGUCAGUGAUAGUUUUAGCAUGGUUUUUGUAUUUUACCAUGGAUAUUUGA